CGUCCCUCUCUGUGGGGUGGUUCUGUGGGGGAGCCCUGCUCUGGCCGAAGCUGCUCCUCUUAUUGUGGGGGUUGUUCUCCUUCUUCUAUUGAUUACGUCGUUGCACGGUGUGCUGCACAGUGCCAGGGAACAGGUCCCUGCCCCCAGAAAUCACCUGUCUUCACACUGAUAAGUUGCAAAUGUGUUAUGAUGGAAACCCAUACAGGAUUGCGUUAAUGCUGUCGCCGAAUGAAUCCAACCUUAUUGCUGGCAUCGAAAAAUAACAGGCUGGUUUUACACGUCCGCAGCUGUACUUUCACCCCACGGAGAAACUAGAAGCCUUUCUGAAAAAAUAACAAGGACUUUCCCCCUUGCAAGGAGCUCAGAAGAUGCAAUAAAGGGGGAUGCUGCACACACAGCCCUGGCUGGCAUGCUGCAGCUGGUGAUCGUGACACACAGACAGCCUCUCUCUCCUAGUCCGGAUGCAACUGACAGGGGUAGUUCUACACCGCACUGAUUUGCCUGGAUCUAUGUGUGUGCUCCCCCCCGCCCCCGCCCCCCUUCUGAAGUUGUCUGGGUUGCAAAACAGUGAGAAGGCAGCAGCUGCUCAUCUUUGGCAGUAGAAGAUUAUGGUGGCGGCUCAGCAGCACUACCCAAAGCAGCAGCAGCAGCAGCAUUGGCUGUAGCAGCAGCAGCAGCAGAGCAGGACGCUGCCUGGAUGCAUUUUCCACUGAAAGCCAGCAUCGGAAAGUGCAGCCGGAAGACUUGGCAGGCGAGCAGGGCUUGACAGCCUCGGGAAGGAGGGAAACUGGGAACGGCAGGGAACGUGGGCGCGGGGGGGCGGCGGCAGCACCACCACCAGUUCCCCCGUGUGCGGCUGGGGCGAGGGGGUUGAUUAUCAUGGCGGAUCGGACAGCUCCUAGAUGCCAGCUCCGUCUGGAGUGGGUCUAUGGGUAUAGGGGUCACCAGUGCCGCAACAACCUGUACUACACGGCAGGCAAGGAAGUGGUUUACUUCGUGGCUGGAGUCGGGGUGGUCUACAACACCAGAGAGCACAGCCAGAAAUUUUUCCUGGGGCACAAUGAUGACAUUAUCAGUCUCGCUUUGCACCCGGAUAAAACCCUCGUUGCUACAGGGCAAGUUGGGAAAGACCCUUACGUUUGCAUCUGGGAUUCCUACAAUGUACAGACUGUUUCUAUUCUGAAAGAUGCACAUACCCAUGGAGUUGCCUGCUUGGCUUUUGAUUCAGAUGGCCAGCGUUUAGCUUCUGUGGGACUGGAUGCCAAAAACACAGUCUGCAUUUGGGACUGGAAGAAAGGAAAACUGCUGGCGUCAGCUACUGGCCAUUCUGACAGGAUCUUUGAUAUUUCCUGGGAUGCCUAUCAACCCAACAGAGUGGCUAGCUGUGGUGUGAAGCAUAUCAAGUUCUGGACACUGUGUGGAAAUGCCUUGACAGCCAAAAGAGGGAUAUUUGGCAAGACGGGAGACCUGCAAACAAUCCUCUGUUUGUCCUGUGCAAAAGACGAUGUCACAUACUCUGGUGCUUUAAAUGGCGACAUCUAUGUCUGGAAAGGGCUCACCUUAGUCCGCACGAUUCAAGGAGCUCAUACGGCUGGAAUUUUUAGCAUGUAUGCAUGUGAGGAAGGAUUUGCCACCGGUGGGAGAGAUGGUUGUAUUCGGCUGUGGGACACUGAUUUCAAGCCAAUAACUAAGAUCGAUCUCAGGGAGACUGAACAAGGAUACAAAGGUUUGUCCAUCCGAAGUGUUUGUUGGAAAGCAGAUCGACUUUUAGCAGGGACACAAGAUAGUGAAAUAUUUGAGGUGAUUGUGAGGGAAAGAGAUAAGCCCAUGUUAAUCAUGCAAGGUCACUGUGAAGGAGAGCUCUGGGCUCUGGCGGUGCAUCCCAAGAAACCGUUGGUUGUUACUGGCAGUGACGAUCGAUCCGUCCGUUUAUGGAGCCUUGCUGACCAUGCCUUGAUUGCCCGUUGCAACAUGGAGGAAGCUGUGCGAAGUGUGUCUUUCAGUCCUGAUGGAUCUCAGCUGGCCCUGGGAAUGAAAGAUGGUUCAUUCAUUGUCCUGAGAGUAAGGGAUAUGACAGAGGUAGUACAUAUUAAAGACCGAAAAGAAGUAAUUCAUGAAAUGAAAUUUUCACCAGAUGGCUAUUACCUUGCGGUGGGUUCUAAUGACGGGCCAGUGGAUAUCUAUGCAGUUUCUCAACGGUACAAGAAAACUGGAGAAUGCAACAAGUCUUCUAGCUUUAUCACUCAUAUUGAUUGGUCUUUGGACAGUAAAUUCCUGCAAACUAACGAUGGUGCAGGAGAACGAUACUUCUACCGGAUGCCAUCUGGAAAGCAUUUAACAAACAAAGAUGAGAUCAAAGGGAUUCACUGGGCCUCCUGGACGUGUGUUAUGGGACUGGAAGUGAAUGGAAUCUGGCCAAAGUACAGUAACGUUACAGACAUCAAUUCUGUGGAUGGAAACUACAAUAAUGCAGUUUUGGUGACUGGAGAUGACUUUGGAUUGGUUAAAUUAUUCAGAUUUCCUUGUCUAAAGAAAGGAGCUAAAUUCAGAAAAUAUGUUGGCCACUCUGCACAUGUUACGAAUGUCCAUUGGUCACAUGACUUUCAGUGGGUAAUUAGUACCGGAGGAGCAGAUCACUCUGUUUUUCAGUGGCGGUUUGUUCCAGAAGGUCUACCAAAUGGAAUCCUGGAAAUGGCAUCCCAAGAAGGUGGAAUAGAUUCAUACAGCGAAGAAUCAGAUUCUGAUUUAUCUGAUGUGCCAGAAUUAGACUCAGAUAUUGAGCAAGAAUCUCAGAUCAACUAUAUCCGACAGGUUUACAAAGAAGAUCUACCUCAGCUGAAACAGCAAAGCAAAGAGAAAAACCAUUCAGUGCCCUUCCUUAAAAGAGAGCGAGCCCCUGAGGACAGUUUAAAGCUGCAAUUUAUACAUGGUUACAGAGGUUAUGACUGUCGAAACAAUUUGUUCUACACACAGACAGGGGAGGUAGUUUACCAUAUCGCUGCUGUUGCUGUUGUGUACAAUAGACAGCAACAUACCCAACGACUGUAUCUUGGUCACGAUGAUGACAUCCUCAGCCUAGCUAUCCAUCCAGUGAAAGAUUAUGUUGCUACUGGACAGGUUGGGAGAGAUGCUGCUAUACACGUUUGGGAUACACAGACACUUAAAUGUUUGUCACUGCUAAAAGGCCAACACCAAAGAGGAGUGUGUUCCCUGGAUUUCUCAGCUGAUGGGAAAUGUUUGGCUUCGAUUGGGUUAGAUGAUAAUCACACCAUUGUGCUCUGGGACUGGAAAAAAGGAGAAAAGAUGGCAGCAACCAGGGGUCACAAAGACAAAAUAUUUGUAGUGAAAUGCAACCCUCAUCAUGCUGACAAAUUGGUGACUGUUGGAAUGAAGCACAUCAAAUUCUGGCAACAAGCAGGUGGUGGUUUUACCUCUAAACGUGGAAUCUUUGGAAAUAUUGGGAAACAGGAAACCAUGAUGAGUGUUUCCUAUGGGCGAAUAGAGGACUUAGUUUUCUCUGGAUCUGUGACAGGAGAUAUUUACAUCUGGAAAGAGACUUUGUUGCUUAAAACAGUGAAAGCUCAUGAUGGGCCUGUGUUUGCCAUGCAUGCCUUAGACAAGGGCUUUGUGACAGGUGGGAAGGAUGGUGUGGUAGCACUUUGGGAUGAUACAUUUGAAAGGUGCUUGAAGACGUAUGCCAUUAAAAGAGCAGCACUGUCUCCUGGCUCUAAAGGGCUGCUGUUGGAGGACAACCCAUCUAUUCGUGCCAUCACCUUAGGUCAUGGACACAUACUGGUGGGAACAAAAAAUGGAGAGAUCCUUGAAAUUGAUAAAAGUGGCCCCAUGACUCUGCUUGUGCAGGGGCAUAUGGAAGGGGAGGUCUGGGGUCUGGCAGCUCACCCUCUCUUGCCUAUCUGUGCAACAGUGAGUGAUGAUAAAACUCUGAGGAUCUGGGAACUUUCCUCCCAACACCGUAUGCUGGCUGUGAGAAAGCUCAAAAAAGGUGGGCGGUGCUGUGCCUUCUCCCCUGAUGGGAAAGCCUUGGCUAUAGGGCUGAAUGAUGGGAGUUUCCUGGUGGUGAAUGCUGAUACUGUUGAAGAUAUGCUCUCUUUCCAUCACAGGAAGGAAAUGAUCUCUGACAUCAAAUUUUCUCGAGAUUCGGGGAAGUACUUGGCAGUGGCUUCCCAUGAUAAUUUCGUAGAUAUUUAUAAUGUGCUUACCAGCAAGAGAGUUGGCAUCUGCAAAGGAGCAUCCAGCUAUAUCACGCACAUUGACUGGGAUUCAAGAGGGAAGCUAUUGCAGGUCAAUUCUGGUGCCAAAGAACAAUUUUUUUUUGAAGCGCCAAGAGGAAAGAGGCAUAUAAUAAGACCCACUGAGAUUGAGAAGAUCGGGUGGGAUACCUGGACGUGUGUUCUUGGUCCUGCCUGUGAAGGAAUUUGGCCAAUGCACAGUGAUGUCACAGUUAUCAACGCAGCGUCUCUUACCAAAGAUGGUACUCUUUUAGCUACAGGAGAUGAUUUUGGCUUUGUGAAGCUCUUCAAAUAUCCAGUAAAGGGUCAGCAUGCCAAGUUCAAGAAGUAUGUAGGUCACAGUGCUCAUGUCACCAAUGUCCGGUGGUUGCAUAACGAUUCUGUGCUGCUGACGGUGGGUGGAGCAGAUACAGCCCUGAUGAUCUGGACUAGAGAAUUUGUGGGUACCCAAGAGAGCAAGUUGGUUGACAGUGAGGAGUCGGAUACAGAUGCAGAAGAGGACGGAGGUUAUGACAGUGAUGUUGCCAGAGAAAAAGCGAUUGACUACACCACUAAGAUCUAUGCAGUCAGCAUCCGAGAGAUGGAGGGCACCAAGCCACACCAGCAGCUGAAGGAGAUGUCAGUGGAAGAAAGGAGUGGGGCACCCAUCAGAGGAGCUGCAGGAACAGUCUCGCGGUGUGGGAGUCCUAAGAGAAGUGCUCCCACACCACGGGGCCAUUUGGUCAGUGGCGGGGCUGUCCCGGACAAUCCAGGACAAUUGCAGGGAAUUGUCAAGUAAGUAUAAGCCACAUUUACAGGGAACCAAAAAAAAAUCAUUUCUGUGAAUGUACAGCUCAGAUUAUUAAGGAUAUAUAUAUUAUCUUAGCAAUAAUACAGAUUUCUCAUCCUUAGCAUUUUAUUUUUUCCAGCUUAACUGGUUUUGGUCAUAAAUUAGUUGCCAUCAGACUAACUAGGAGUGUUACAUGAUUUGUGAUGUGGCAUCACUUCUACAUUUCCUCUGUGAAUGUUUUAAAGUGCUAACAAAGCUGUAGAAGGCAUAAGUGUGUGUAUAUAUACAUGUAUAUGUAUAUAUGACUAUACGGAGUAUUUGUGCAUAUAUGUGCUGUGUAUAGAGAAAUAUAAAAUAUAUAUGUGUGUAUAUCUUUUCAAAUUAUAUCUUGCAUUUCUUCUCCAAUAUGACCAUGUCAUAGUGAACUGUGUCCUCUUGGGCUGAAGACAGAUGUAGCAUUCUUAACAGCAGUUGCAGAGGGUCCUUCACCCAUAGUGUGAACCUGGCUGUACAGUUUGUCUUGCACACAUAUGUGUCUUGCAUGUUGAUGACUGGAUGAGCUCUCCGUUUUGCCCGUCCCUUCAUGCUAGUGGUUGAAUUUUCUUUUAAAGCAGCAUGUGUACAUUUAUUGAUGAAUAUGUCCAUACUUCACUUAACCAACAAAAAGGAAAAUCUAUGAACACUUUAGAAACAAUAGCAAAAUUCCUCUGAUGAUUGUAGGGGAAGGUAUUUUGGUGAGACAGACACUAGCCAGUAGUUGCUCGCCACACAUUGCUACAUUCCCUGACACCCUGGAAACUUGCAGAACCAUUUCUUCUUCUCAUAGACCUGCUCUAGAACAGUAAAAUGUAUGUGUGUGUUUUAAAGGCGAUGAAGUUAUGUUCAAAUUUCUUCCACCAAAGUUAAAGUGUUACGUCUGUCUUCACCUUUGAUUCCUUCAUGAAUCCUGCCUUGUUUUCCCCAUAAACUUUAGUAGACAUUAUUAAGAGAAGAAAUGUAAAAAAUCAGUUCAUUUCCAAACUGCACUAAAACAGAAAGAAGAGAAUGACUAGUGCAAGUAAAACAUUGAAUACUUCCUAAAUUGUUGGUUGAAAGGCUUUACAAAAAUUCCAAGUUCAGAUCUGGAGAUUUUAGUUUGAUAUCCUGUGAUUACUUACUAUAGGUGGUUGCCCUGAUCCAUAAAAACUACAAGCACUGCAGAGGGCUGCACACCUGAUGCUGCUCUUGGAGUUUCAAGAGUGAUUGGGGCUGAAGAUCAUCAGAAGACUCUCUUCAUCCCAAUCAGUUCUCAAGUAGAGGGGCAGUAGAAUGAGCACCCUCAAUUAUGUGCAUUCACUUCCCAACCUUGUCUGCCUCAUAUUGAUGCUGUGGGAAAUCCCUCACUGUCAUGAGCACAAUACUGAGCAAUGCCCAGGACUGUGACACAGAGGGGAAGGAGCAACCAGACCAGCGCCACAGGUCACGGAAGUGCUGGGCCCAGGCCCUAAUAUGGGCCUGGAGCUUGUCAACUAGAUAACCCUAAACUGGGACUCCCCAAGGUACAGUCUUCCUCCAUACUAGAGGCCCCACACUCCCCACUUACCACCAUAGGCAACUCAGCAGGAGGAAAUUGACAGGCAAUGGAGAGGUAGGCUGCAAGCCAGAAGACCAUCCCUUCAAAGCUCUCCACUCUUCUGGAAGGAGGUAAAGCCUGGGAUGAUAUCCUAACCUAAGAGUUCCCAAACCUUGGGUCCCCAGAUAUUUUUGGGAGUACAACUCCCAUCAUCCCCUUUGGCCAUUAUGGCUGUGGAUGAUGGAAGUUUUAGUCCAGCAACAUCUGGAGGCCUGAGGUUGGGAACCCCUGUCUAACCUUUGAGGGAUUGAAGUUCUCAUUUAAUUUGAGUUCUGGCCUUAUUGGAACAUGUUGCCAGCUUGGAGCUGUCCAGGGUCCUGUGACUUCAACAUGAUCUGCUAUCCUGACUGUCUAUGGCUGGUCUUCCCUCAUACUGCUCUGUGGGCUUCAGCUUGAGAUCAAGAGAAGUUGCUCACCUUUAGCAGGGAGACCUGGAGAGAGCAGUGAUACUAAAUCCAACUGCUCGUCACUCUCUUCUGCCUAGGGCUGUAUAAAUAGUUUUCUCAGAAGAAAAGGUAGCCUCUUGGUAGCUCAGUAACAGUCCUGACUUGGUUCAUCAUUGCAGCCGCUUCCUAGGUCCUUUGCAAGCCAUUAGAGUGAUGUGAGGCUUUGAUGUGGGGAAAAGUAAAGGAAAUGUAUUGUUCUUGCCACACAACCCUGCAGCUGCCUUUAGAAGGGCCAGGACAGGCCUUGCUCUUUCCCAAUGGAGAGCCAUGCCUGUUCUGUUGAUGGUGGCAUUGUGUCAAGGGCAGCAGGCGGGAUUUGCCUUCACUACAAGUUCAGCACUUCCCUUUCCCUCUGUAGAAGUGAAUGGUGACCAUUCACUGUAUGGUAGAAAAUAUUUACUCAGACCUACCACCAGGGCUGGGGACUUAAGCCACCUCCUGAUCCCAGUGCCUAGAAUGGCAAACACGUUUCAUGUCAUGAAACCAUGUCUUGAUGUCAGACCAUGUGUUUUGCCCCAAAGAACUCAAUGGGAGAAUCUGAGAUUCAAGGCUGCCAGUGUCCGCACAGGCCUGCCCUGGACUUUCUUGGUCCUGGGACGUAACAGAAUGCUGAGAAAGUGACUUUAUUGAUCACGUCAUUAAUGUUUUAAUAGUUUGCAUUCCCCAUGUUUCAAAGUUAGAGAAUCCAUAUGUGAUGGGAAUCUUCACACCUUUGGCAACAUCUGUGAAUCAUGUCUUAGGCAUAGCGAAGAACUACUUGGUUUUUGUAGUGCAUUACACGUUUGUUGUCCCUUACAAGUUGAACUAAAUGAAAAUAUGAAGUUGAUCCAGAGGAGGAGUAGGGCUGAAUUAUAAUUAGACAAGCUAUUGAAUUAUAGUCUUGCAAAACUGUUUGCAUUGCACAGGAAUUUGGUGGGGACAGCUUUCUACCAUCUCCUCUGAUUUGCAAAUGUGUUUAUCACAGUAGGGCGAGCGACUGGAUGGUGGAAAUAACACACUGGCAGGUGUGCAGAAACGUUUCCUGACUUGCAGCCCCUGCCUCUAAAGUAGAACUAAGGAGAGGACAUGAUUAUAUUUAUAAAACUUUGCCUGAUGUGAAGAAAGAGGUUUUUCUCCUUCUCAUAAUGCCAGAACUUGGAGUCAUCUGAUGAAAUUGAUGAGCAAUAGAUUCUGAAUAGGCAAAAUAAAGUACUUCUUCACACAGUGCAUAAUCGAUCUAUGGAAUUCACUGUCACAUGAUGCAAUGGUAGCCAGUAGCUUAGAUGACUUCGAAAGGGAAUUAGAGAAAUCCAUGAAGGAUAGGUCUGUUGGUGGCUAUGUGGAAUAUCUGUGUUCAGAUGCAGUGCCACUGGAUAUUAGUGGCUGGAGAGCAGCAGUGGGAGAGGGCUAUCGCCUUCAAGCCUUGCUCAUGCUCUGAUCCGGCAACUCUUCUUGAGUUCUUAGCCAGAUAAUUUUAUGCAACAAAACACAGAAGCAUUUUCUUCCCAGAAGUAUCCCCUUUCUUUGCACCAGGAUAACACAAUGAAUGGUUCUGCUUACAAAGUUUAGGGCUUCUUCCCACAUGACACAUUUAGGUGUGCACUCAGAUAUUUUAAGUGUACACCUAACAUUGCUGAGUGUGAAUUGCGAACACUUGUCCCACAGACAGAGAUAUAUUCUUCAUGGAGCUGUGAUGGGCUGAGGUUUCCUGUUGAGUGUACAUUCAGUGGCAAACCUGGGUUUGCCUUUGUGUAAUGUGCGGAGUGAAGCUGUUGCUGUACUUUGAACUUUUCAUUUCCUGUGCAGCACACUGAAAGGGCAUUUUGCAGAGCUGUGUGGUGUACAUGGGAAUCACUGGUGCAGCUCACUGUCUUUUUUUCUCCCUGUCCUAUAGGAUCUUUAGCGCAGACUUUAUCUCAAGAUGUCAGGGUAUGAGUUUUCUGAAUUUGCGGACUGGUGCACUCUUUUAAUUUCUGUUUUAGUUCUUGCUGGCAUGCCUGAAUAGCAUGGGAGUGUGUGCCACACAGGA